AUGGCGGGCAAAGUGUGUAUGACGAUGAUGAUGAUGGCAUUGAUCAUGAUGGGAUGUGUUUUACAAGCAUGCAAUGGGACAAGUGCUGGUGAGAGCAAGGCAACGCAAGAUCCAAGAUUCGAUUGCUUCAAAAACUGUUCCAUAGCUUGUGGCAAGCAGAGCAAACCUUGUUACCAAGAUUGUUUGACCAAAUGUGGUCUCCCACAACGACCUUCCAAACCAACACCAUCUGGUUCAUCACCUUCCUCCACCGUUUGA